AUGGAGUCGUCGAGCGCGGCGAGCGGUAGCUACCGACCCGAGCCGACGAGCACUGGUCGAUGUCAAUACUGUGCACACUUGGCCUUCAAGGCCAGGAAAGCUGCUGUUGAUACGUUUAUGGCAGGGAACGAUAUGCCUUGGGAUUUUGAGGUCGGAAUGUAUGACCUUGUUUUACGGCUGAAUCAGAUGGAAGAAGAGACUAGGUUGCAUCCCGAAACGGCACGGCACUUAGCCGACAAAGCAACCCGCUAUACGGCAAGACUCCGCACUCAACUAUCGGACGGAGAACUGACGCCGGUACAGUCGCUUAACAAUUGCCGAAUACGAACCAUGGCGCCUUUGGAGUACGAAGAGGUAACGUUGGGACCAUUAUUGGGGGCGGGGGGAUUUUCUACUGUCUUUGCGGUGGACGGGUUUCAUCUAAAGGACCACUCGACACCUGAUUACGACUCGGACGAACGCGCUGCACGGGAAUUUUUGAAUAAGCACGCACGACGAUACGCUGGGAACGGUGGACCGACUAUACACCGCUCGGUCGAAGGCACGAAAUCCAAUCAAACUACCGCGCGCUAUGCGGUAAAGCACCUCCGCCGCGGGCUCGCCGAGGAAGCGGAUAGGUUCGAACGCGCUGCGGUGGAUCUAGUGAUGGAAGCCCAGCUGCUGCUGGCGCUCGAUCAUCCCAACAUAAUAUCCAUACGUGGGUGGUCUCGUCAAGGACCAGGUGGUUACGUGAACGGAAAACAUACGGACUUCUUCGUCAUUCUGGACCGAUUGCCCGAAACAUUAGAAGACAAGAUUUACGCCUGGAGAAAAAAACUGAAACGGUACAAAGCCAUGGGGAAGCUACCGUGGGGACGGAAGAAGUAUAUCGCCAAGACUAGUGCUCUGUUGUUGAAACGAAUGCAGGCGGCGCUUGACAUUGCUGCCUCCUUGGAAUAUAUGCACGAUCGGCGCAUCAUCAACCGCGACGUAAAAGCCAGCAACAUUGGCUUUGAUAUCCACGGCGAGCUGAAAAUGUUCGAUUUUGGCCUUUCUCGUCUACUGCCGGCCGAAGAAGAGCGCGUCGAAGGUGGCUUUGUCAUGUCGCGGGUUGGCACAAAGUAUUACAUGGCUCCCGAAGUAUGCGACAAGCAGCCCUUUGACCUGUCGGCGGACGUGUACAGCUUUGGAGUGGUCCUGUGGGAAUUGCUGACCUUGUCCACGCCUCGCGAAGUGAUUCGGAAGCUCCGACGUCUCACGAACAGCUCGUAUAUUCUACCGAUCUGUCCGUGCUGGCCUAAAGCACUGCAAAGGCUGGUGGGACUGUGUCUUGCGGACGACCCUAGUGUACGCCCGACCAUGGCGGUCGUACGAGCGUCAAUCGAGAUAAUGUUGGAACGGCUGGGGGUACCACGUGCUGUAGGGGGAAAAGCACGUCGCCGUUCCACCUUUCGAUUGGAGACGACCGCAACUGAUAGUAUUGCCAACGCCGCUCUCACCGUGCAAUCGUUUUCCGAUUACGAUCCGUCCAUUCCAACUUCUGUCCAAUGCAAUUGA